CAGAUACAGUAUCAAUAACAAUGGAGUGGGCUAUGGCUCUACUCCUUAACCACCCUGAAGCAAUCGAAAAGGUCAAAGCCGAAAUAGAUGCUCAUGUACCCGAAGACAGGCUUUUGGAAGAGAAAGAUUUGUCUAACUUGACUUACUUACAAAAUGUAGUGAAGGAGACAUUGCGUUUCUAUCCGCCGAUUCCAUUUCUGAUACCUCAUGAAGCAUCAGAAGAUUGUACGGUGAGUGGCUACAGCAUCUCAAAGGGUACAAUGUUGCUUGUGAAUCUGUGGGCAAUUCAUAGGGACCCAAAGCUCUGGGAGAAUCCAAUGGAGUUUAAGCCAGAAAGGCAUGAAGGAAGGAAACAAGAUCAAGAUUACAGCCUGAUGCCAUUUGGUGCAGGAAGGAGAGGAUGCCCUGGAGCAGUGCUUGGAACAAGGAUGCUGGAAUUGGUGUUGGGAACUCUUGUUCAAGCUUUUGAAUGGGAGAGAAUUAGUGAAGAAUUGGUGGACAUGUCUGAAGGGAAAGGAUUCAGCCUUCCGAAACUCAAGCCUUUGGAAGCCAUUUGCAGACCUAGAGAAGCCAUCUUUCGACAUCAUUUGAUUUCCUGAAUUCGCUUUUUUUUUUUUGUGUGUUGAAAAAGAUCGUUUGAUUUAGCUUGCUUCUAAAUUCAUUGGUGUCAUGUCCCGAUCUUCAUGUUUUCAGGGUGAUCUGCUGUUUGAUUUUCUCCCUGAUUAUUUAGCAAUCAGAUUAAUGAUGAAUAGUUAAUUUCUUGGGUAAUGUUAUUAUAUUCAUCGAAUCUGUUGCAAACUUGCAAUUUCGAAUUGAUAAUAUCCAUCAUCUCC